AUGAGCGGUAUCACAGUUGUGGACAUCAUCCGAGAUGUCAGCAGAACCUCUGAGGACACCACCAGGAGAGAGACGGACAAGGUGGCGCUAAUAGCUCAGCCGACGAGUCAGCAGGAGGUUGGGAUGGCGGCAUCACAAAGAUCGGUCAAAGAGUUCAACGAGCAGGAGAUAAAGAAGACUUUCCAACCAGAUGACUGGAAACCUGUGCGUAGUAGCGAGAAAGGCCAGAGGCAGAAAGCCGAAAAGGUGGUUGGAGCAGUUGUGGAAUAUAACGACGAGGUCAAGGGCAAGGCGUUGAUAGCCAAAGUCGCCGAGGAUGGCCAUGUUCUUCCCAGCACGCAUCAACAAUCUACCAGCCCUGGCAUCCUCUAG